AUGAACCACACUAAAGUGUCUUACUUCAUUCUUGCUGCUUACUUGGACCCGGGCCCCCUCAGGUUCCUGUACUUCAGUCUGGUCCUGGUCCUGCUGCUCCUCAUCGUGUUCUGUAACGUCCUCCUCAUCGCGGUGAUCUGCGUGACCCGGAGCCUGCAUGAACCCAUGUUCCUGUUCCUCUGCAGCCUGUUUGCCAACGAGCUGCUGGGGAGCUCCGGCCUGUUCCCCUUCCUGCUGCUGCAGAUCCUGGCGGACGUCCACCGGGUCUCCGCCCCCCUCUGCUUCCUGCAGGUCUUCAUCCUGUACCUGUACGCCAGCGUGCAGCUCAGCAACCUGGCCGUCAUGUCCUACGACAGGUAUCUGGCCAUCUGCUGUCCUCUGCAGUACAAAAGCCUGAUGACCUCCAGCAGAACCGGCACUCUCCUGGUUCUGGUGUGGUUCUAUCCACUCCUAGCCGUCAUGGUUCUGGUGUCGCUGACGUCCAGCUUGCAGCGGUGCGGGAAUAUCAUCCACGGUGUCUUCUGUGACAACUACUCCAUCGUGAAGCUGGCCUGCUCGGACACCACCUUCAUCAACGUGUACGGCCUCGCCAUCCUCUGCCUCCUGGUGGUUUUUCCCGCCCUGCUGAUCCUCUACAGCUACUCCAGCAUCCUCCGGGUCUGCCUCUGCGGGUCCAGACAGACCCGCCACAAAGCCGUCAGCACCUGCACGCCCCACCUGGCCUCCCUGCUCAACUUUUCCUUCGGGUGUGUGUUCCAGAUCGUCCAGAGCCGCUUCGACAUGAGCGGCGUUCCCGGCGUGCUGCGCGUCCUCCUGUCCGUGUACUACCUGACCUGCCAGCCGCUCUUCAACCCGGUUCUCUACGGACUCAACCUGACCAAAGUCCGCAGUCUGUGCGGAAGGAUGUUCUGUGGAGAGAGCUGA